CACAAUUAUAACUACGCCGCAGUGUUGGUUUAUCAGUGUCAUUAUCGGUCACUAACUUAAAAUUGUACGGACCGUCAAGAAUAGCUUAGUGCUAUUCAUCAUAAUCUUCAAAUUUAACGAACAAAAGAAGUUAUCACCGAGAACACAGCAACCACAUCGAAAAGGUGUUGAAUUUUUGGUUCAUCGCUUCAAACAAACAUGUCUACAGAAACCGAUCCUAAUGUGAUCUACGGCGGUGAUCCCGAAGUAACAACAAGAGUGGACGAAAAUUGUCCAUCGUUUGGUGCGAUGGUCUUGGAGGACUUAGGACUGGGAGAAGACAAACCAUGCUUUAUAAAUGGCAUAACCAACGAAAUUUGGACCUACAAAGAUAUGCUUGAUCGGACCAGUUUGAUGGCAAGAGUACUCCACGGAGCUGGGGCUAAGCAGAAUGAUGUGAUUGCCAUUGUGUCGGAGAAUCGGUUCGAGUAUCCGGCUGUUGUUUUUGGAGCCAUUUAUCUAGGCGUCACUGUAGCGCCAUGUAGUGUGACCUACACUGAACGCGAACUGAAGCACUCACUUAUGCUAUCAAAACCAAAGUUCGUUUUCACAUCACCGGUUACAGCCAAGCUUGCAAUCACAGUCUGCAAAACCCUUACGUUUGUGGAAAAAGUGAUUGUGUUCGGUAAAAAGAAGUUUGACGAUCGAACAAUCCUGUGGGAUGACUUCAUUAACAAAUACGAGGACAAGGCGUUUAACGUACAGGAUUACGCUUCACGAAGGAUUCGUAGAGAUCAUGUGGCCUAUAUCGCUUCCAGCUCUGGAACUACCGGGGUACCCAAAGGCGUUCUCAUCACACAAGGCAACAUUAUGAGCGUCGUUCAAGGUAUGCGUGAUAUAUUCACUCUAUCGAAAAUGCUGCAAGGAGGCACCAUGAUUGUAUGGAGUGUCGCUCCAUGGUUCCAUUCAAUGGGCUUCUUUUCAAUGGUUCUGAAUGCAUGUUCGCGCGACGCAACAUUUGUUUUUCUACCAAAGUUCGAGGAAGAGACAUUUUUGCGUUGCGUUCAGGACUACAAAAUUUCGACUAUUGUGGUUGUUCCACCAAUUAUGGUCUUUCUGGCAAAGAGUCCACUUGUUGAUCAGUAUGAUUUGUCCUCAUUACGGAGCAUAACUUGUGGUGCGGCUGCACUAAGCAGAGAAAUCGAAGAUCAAGUUCGUGAAAGAUUUUCUAAGAAGUAUGAUGUGGAUCUACUAAUUCGGCAAGCAUAUGGUAUGUCUGAGACGUCGUUGGGAACUCUGAGCGCAACGUAUACCAUAAAGCCUGGAUCGGUCGGGGAGCCAGUCCCGGGAAUUUAUUGUAAGGUCAUCGACGAAAAUGGUAAAUCAUUGGGACCGAAUGAAAGGGGAGAGCUGUGUUUUAAGGGUGACAGAAUCAUGAAGGGCUACGUUAACGACACGGCUGCUACAAAAAGUACAAUCGAUGAAAAUGGUUGGCUUCAUUCGGGAGAUAUUGCCUAUUACGACGAGGACAAGCAAUUUUAUAUUGUCGACCGUUUGAAGGAGCUCAUCAAGUACAAUGCUAAUCAGGUGCCACCUGCCGAAAUCGAGGCGCUUCUCCUAUCAAAUCCCAAGGUGAAAGAUUGUGGCGUUAUAGGGAUACCAGACGAGAAAGCUGGUGAACUUCCAUUUGCCUAUGUUGUGAAACAAGGUGGAGCCAAUAUAACCGAAGAAGAAAUUGUCCAAUUUGUAGCUGAUAACGCAAGCAAAGUGAAAUGGCUUCGCGGAGGCGUUCGAUUCAUUGAUGAAAUUCCGCGGAAUCCAACUGGAAAACUGUUGAGAAGGGAAAUGCGUGAGAUGUACAAGAAUUCCAAAUCUAAGCUUUAACGUGGUUUGUCGAGGAAAAGAGUUUUUUCGUUAAAAAUAAAGUGGGAUUGUGUGCUUCCAAAA